UUAGUAAGCAUUGAAUUGUAAUGUACGCAACACCUAACAUUAAUUGCGAAAAUAAUAUAAUCUCAGUAAAACAAUUCUUUACCAAAAAAGUUAUUGUGUGAUUAAAGAUGGCGCCGACAACUAUAGCUGAGGAUAGGCUGCAGUCGGGACACCGGCUGUCGCAUCCUCCGCCCGGAGACGAGGUCCUCAUCACAGGCGUGUCGGGAUACUUCCCCGACUCGGACUCCGUCAUACACCUGCAGGAAAACCUUUUUAAUAAGGUAGACUUAGUAAGUAAUGAUGCUCGUCGUUGGAAGCUGGUUCACCCUGAGAUCCCGCAUCGUACGGGCAAGAUCAACAACCUCAAUAAGUUUGACGCAUCCUUCUUCGGUGUGCACUACGAACAGGCACACACUAUGGAUCCCAUGUGCAGGAUGCUGUUGGAAAAGGCGUAUGAAGCUAUCAUUGAUGCUGGUAUGAACCCUAAAGAACUCCGCGACAAAAAAGUCGGCGUGUUUAUUGGAGCGUGCUUCUCAGAAUCAGACAAAAUAUGGUUCUACGACAAGAUGCAAAUCAAUAAUCAUGCUAUUAGUGGAUGCUCUCGAGCAAUGCUGGCCAACCGUAUCUCCUACUGGUUGGGAGUGACUGGUCCCUCGUACACCGUAGACACGGCCUGCUCCAGCUCCUUCUAUGCAUUGGUGCAUGCUUAUAGAGCCGUUCGGGAGGGUUAUUGUGAUGCUGCCAUUGUUGGUGGAAACAACUUGUGUCUCCAUCCUUACGUGUCAUUGCAGUUUGCCAGAUUAGGAGUAUUGUCGCUUGACGGUGCUUGCAAGAGUUUCGACAAUAGCGCUAAUGGUUAUGCUCGUUCCGAAGCGAUAGUUGUCGUCUUAUUGCAGAAAGCUAAGGAUUCUAGGAGGGUUUACGCUCAGAUGAUUCAUGGCAAGACUAACUGUGACGGUUACAAAGAACAGGGUAUCUCGUACCCGGCGAGUAUCAUUCAGAAGCAACUAUUGAAAGAGUUCUACGAGGAGUGCGCCAUUCCUCCGUCUGUAUUGGAGUAUCUGGAGGCUCAUGGCACAGGUACUAGAGUGGGUGAUCCUCAAGAGUUGCAGGCUAUUGACGAGAUCUUCUGCACCGGCCGCAAUGAACCACUACUGAUUGGUUCUAUCAAAUCCAACUUGGGGCAUAGCGAGCCUGCCUCCGGUCUCUGCUCUAUUGCUAAGAUGUGCAUAGCUUACAAUACUGGUUAUAUUCCGCCUAACAUUCAUUUUAAAACGCCUCGUGAAGGAGUAGCAGCCCUGGCUGAGAACAGGGUGUCAGUGGUGACUGACAAGACUCCUUGGGGCAGAGGCAUGUCAGGAGUCAACAGCUUCGGAUUCGGAGGAGCCAACGCUCACGCUCUGUUGAAGGAUGUCGCUAGAGCGAAGGUCAACCACGGUAUACCAUUAGACGACCUACCUCGUCUAGUCUGCGUGUCAGGACGUACGGAGUCAGCAGUAGCUAGGAUCCUGGAUGACCUAGAGUCCAGGACAGUUGACGUUGAUCUGAUUCGUUUACUACACGCUAUUCAUGCUGCUGACAUAGCAGGGCAUGGUUUUAGAGGAUACACUUUGUUGGGUUCAACCCCAACCAAAAGCGUGUCGCUAGCACGAGAGAUCCAAUACUUUUCCGGAGUGCGUCGCCCAGUGUGGUUCGUGUACUCCGGUAUGGGCUCCCAGUGGGCCGGCAUGGCCAAGGAGCUCAUGAGGAUCCCCGUCUUUGCCGCUGCUAUUGAGAAGUGCCACAAAGCUCUAGAACCUAAAGGCAUCAACCUGACGAAGAUCGUCACUGAGAACGACCCCAAGAUCUACGACAACAUCCUCAACUCCUUCAUUGGUAUCGCCGCUGUACAGAUCGGUCUCACUGAUGUACUGAAGACUAUUGGCAUUGAACCUGACUACGUCAUUGGUUACAGUGUUGGUGAUUUUGGUUGUGCAUACGCUGAUGGUUGUUUAACUACAGAGGAAGUGAUAUUAUCCGCUUACAACAGAGGUCUAGCAUUAGUGAAUAAACCUUACUUCAAGGAUUCAAUGGCUGAUAUCAGUAUUGGAUACCAUCAGGAAGUGGUUAAAAAUUUCAAGCGAUCGCGUUCAGAGAAAUGGGUGUCCAUGCCAUUACUGAAGGCGAAAUGUGAAAAUGUGAAAUCAUCCGCCCAAAGUUACACGUAUGGUGUUGAAACUCCCGAAUUAUUCGAGGAGACAGCUCGUCUGAUCCACGCUAACGCGAUCACCAUCGAGAUCGCCCCCCACGGCCUGCUGCAAGCUAUCCUGCGCAGGUCUCUGAAGAAGGACGUCGUCAACGUCGCUCUGACACAGAAGGCCCACCCGGACAAUGUCCAGGUUCUGUUCACUGCCUUCGGAAGGCUGUAUGAGGCCGGUCUGCAUCCACAUCUAGCCAACAUCUACCCACACGUGCCAUUCCCCGUGGCACAGGGUACGCCUAUGCUUGCCCACCUCGUUGAAUGGGAGCAUAGUGAGAACUGGUUUGUACCAUCAUACAAUGACCUGGACAAGAUGAAGGUUGAUGAGAGGACGGUUUGGAAGUCGAUUGAGGAUGAUGAAACUGAGUAUAUGACUGGUCAUGUCGUUGAUGGUCGUAACUUGUACCCUGCAACUGGCUAUCUGCUCCUAGUAUGGGAGACCCUCGGUAUGAUGAUAGGAGAACCAUACACUGAAGUAUCAAUAGUCUUUGAAAACGUGCGCUUUCAGAGAGCCACCAACAUUCCCAAGGAAGGUUCUCUGGAGUUUACCAUUACCAUCCACAAGAAAAGUGGGAACUUUGAGAUCUUUGAGAGUGGUGCUUCCAUUGUGACUGGUCGUAUCUACGCCAAGAAGAAUGUCAGUCGAGAGUUUAGGGUACUCCCACACUCUCCAGAAGUUAGAAAUCCUGCUUUCAAACAUUUGCUGACUAAAGACUUCUACAAAGAACUGCGUCUCAGAGGAUAUCAAUACAGCGGCCUUUUCCGUGGCGUCCUCGGUUGCAACGUCGACGCUACCCGCGGUCGUAUCGCUUGGUCUAACAACUGGGUCACCUUCAUGGACUGCAUGCUGCAAAUGAUGAUGAUCGGCCAAGACACCAGGGGUCUCUUCGUACCCACCAGGAUUGAGAAGCUCUCCAUCGAUGCUCCCAUGCAUUGUAAUGCGAUAUCAAAAAUGAAUCCGGAUUCGGACAGAAAGUCUUUUGAGGUUCGUGUGUACCCAGAAGUCAACGUUAUCAGAUCUGGUGGUAUCGAAAUCCGGGGUCUUCAUGCUACACCCAUUACUAAAAGACAACCUCUAGGCGUACCCGUGUUAGAGAAAUAUGAGUUCAUCCCCAACUUUGGAAAAUCUAAGAUGAAGACUGGAGAUAUUCUUCGAGCGAACAUCCAGCUGGUUCUCGAGAACAUUCAAACACAUAAAGUCAAAAGCAUUGAGUUAGUCGACGAAGAAUACAAGAAGAAUGACCUAAAGCCCAUCUUAGAAAGUAUUGGACAAAUGCUUGGAGAUCUACCCUACAUGCAGGCUGAACUAUUGAUGGUUUCCAAGGAGCCCAUCGAGGUUCCUUACAACAUUACCGUCAUUGAAAAUAGGAAGCUAGUUGGAGAAAGUAACACAGCGCUGUUUGUUGGUGCUAACCUACUUGGUAGACCUGAGAUCCUUCACCAAGCAGCCGGUACCCUACGUGACAAGGCCUUUAUAAUGAGUCGUGAAAAGGACUACCCUAAGAAAAUCACCAACAAAUACGACAUCGUGACUGUUUAUGAUACAGGCUUUGAAUAUAUGGUGCUUUUAAGAAACCGUGUAGAAGUCAAACCAGCCAAGUUCAUUAGAAUCUUAGCUGCUGAUGAUAGUUUCUCGUGGGUAGACAAAGUCAAGGAAGAACUCAAUGAAGGCCAGAAAGUGGUACUUUACGCUCAAGAUGAACCUAUCAACGGUAUCUUAGGAUUAGUGAACUGUUUGAGGAAGGAGCCUGGUGGUGAGAUCGUGUAUGGUCUCUUUAUUUCUGACCCAUCUGCUCCGCCGUUCAACCCUGACUUGGAGUUUUAUGAAGAACAGCUGAAAAAGGAUUUGGCUUUCAACGUAUAUAAGGAUGGCCAAUGGGGGACUUAUCGUCAUCUUCUCUUGGAUGACUUAGAAACAGUUCCCGCAAACCACGCCUAUGUCAAUGCCCUUACCAUCGGAGAUCUUUCCUCGCUGACAUGGGUCGAAGGAACCAUCAGGGACAACCAUGUGUUCAAGGACAAAGAAAAAAUGCUUAUUCACGUAUACUGCGCUGCCUUAAACUUCCGCGACGUCAUGACGGCUAUUGGUCGUGUCACAGUCGAUGCUAUUGAUAGCGGUCGUCUUGCACAGGAAUGCGUUAAAGGCAUUGAAGUAGUCGGAAAGACCGUCAACGGUACUCGUGUGAUGGGAGAUGUCCGUAACCGUGGCAUAGCGAACUUGGUUGAGGGAGACAGGCUGAGCUUGUGCCCCAUCCCUGACGAGUGGAGCUUCGAAGAAGCGGCUACUGUACCUGUCGCUUAUAAAACUGUGUAUUACGCUAUGUUCAUGUUGGGUGAGAUGCAACGUGGAGAGUCCAUCCUCAUCCACGCAGGUUCUGGCGGAGUAGGACAGGCCGCCAUCAACGUGGCGCUCUACUACGGCUGCGAGGUCUUCACCACCGUCGGUACUGCGGAGAAGAGAGCCUUCAUCAAGAAGCUGUUCCCACAACUUAAAGACAGCCACAUCGGUAACUCUCGUGAUACUUCUUUUGAAGACAUGAUCAGACGUGAGACCAACGGUAAAGGUGUCGACCUGGUGCUCAACUCUUUGUCUGAUGAUAAACUACAGGCCUCCGUCCGCUGCCUGGCAUUUAGAGGUCGUUUCCUCGAGAUCGGCAAGUUCGACAUCAGUAGCAACACUGCCAUUGCCUUAUACUUCAGAACAAAGGAAAUCAGCUUCUACGGUGUCAUGUUGAACUAUAUUUACAAGCAGGACAUCAAAGUCAGAAAGCGUUUGCAAGAUCUACUUCUGAACGGCAUUGAAAAUGGCGCCGUCAGACCUCUGACUUACUGCACGUUUAAGGCCAACGAAGUGGAAAAUGCCUUCCGUUACAUGGCUGCCGGUAAACACAUUGGAAAGGUGAUCGUUAAAAUCCGUGAAGAAGAGCGCGGCAGUGGUCCUGUUAGACCAGUCCCGACACCUAUUGAUGCUGUACCUAGGUAUAUCUGUCAUGAAGACCACGUGUAUGUAUUGGUCGGUGGUCUCGGAGGCUUCGGGCUGGAGCUGGCUGACUGGCUCAUCAUAAGAGGCGCAAGGAAGAUUUUGCUCAAUUCCCGCAGAGGCAUCACCAACGGAUACCAGUCAUCACGAUUGAGGACCUGGGCAACAUACGGUGCUGACGUCCAGAUUUCAACACAUGACGUCACCACUGAGACUGGAUGCGAAGAAAUGCUUAAGAUGGCACUCAGUAUGGGACCUGUACAUGCUAUCUUCAACUUGGCAGUCGUCCUUAGUGACUCUAUCUUCGAAAACCAAACUCCAGAAAGCUUUAAAAUAUCGUUCUCACCAAAGGGGCUUGGUACCAUACAUUUGGAUAAACUGUCGAGGAAAUUGUGUCCAGACUUAGAAGAUUUUGUGAUCUUCUCAUCUGUAUCCUGUGGUCGUGGUAAUGCUGGUCAGACCAACUACGGUUACUCUAACUCUGUGAUGGAGAGGAUCUGUGAAGAGAGGAAGAAGCUUGGCUUCCCAGCCCUGGCUAUGCAGUGGGGAGCUAUUGCAGAUGUAGGUUUGGUAGCCGACUUGCAAGAAGAAGACAUCCAGCUGGAGAUUGCCGGCACCCUGCAGCAGAGGAUAUCUUCUUGCUUGAGUGUUCUCGACAAGCUCAUGAAGCAGGAUGUCCCCAUCGUGUCAUCCAUCGUGGUAGCUGAGAAGAAGGCUGGAGCCGAAGGAUGUACCAAUGCAGUAGAUGCAGUGGCACAAAUUUUGGGUAUCAAAGAUUUGAAGACGGUAUCACAACAAAGCACUCUGGCUGAGUUGGGUAUGGACAGUAUGAUGGCUUUAGAGAUCAAUCAGACUCUGGAGAGAGAAUUCGAGAUUUUCCUUACAGCUCGAGAUAUUAGAACCUUGACAUUCACGAGACUAGCAGAGCUUACAGAACGACAUGAAGCUUCAUCCUCUGCAUCAGCAUCUAACCCUACUAACCUGGAAGGCGUUGGUCUUCGUGUGUUGAUGAGGAACUUUGGAGAUAAGAAAACCGCUUCAGAACCUUAUGUGUAUAUGCCUACCAUGGUCAGCGAUGGAAUCGAGGCGAGUGUAUACUUUAAGGAUGAGGGACUAGAGACUACCCACGCUAUGGACCGCGUGAUGUUCAUGCUGCCAGGGAUAGAAGGCUAUGCAGCAACGCUGGAGCAGCUCUGUAGAGGACUAGAGAUCAAAGCUUGUGUGCUACAGCUCGGUGUGGACCACAAGAAUGAGAACAUGGACCAGAUGGUCAACAGGUUAUACAAGACGGUGAUCUCGAAGCUAACACCUGGUGCUCCAUUCUGGCUUCUGGGAUACAGUUACGGUUCUCUCCUCACUUUGGAGCUGGCUUCGAGGUUGGAGGAAGCAGGUUUCAAGGGAACAGUGUUCUGUCUGGACGGUGCCCCUGAUUUCCUCUACGCUAUAAUUUCGAAGACCAUGAACAUUAACAAUGACUUCCAACUGCAGAACAGCUUGCUAUGUCAGGCUGUGAGUAUUGUUGCCCCUACCCUAGAUGUUGCCAACGAGGUUACGGACAAACUCAAUGAAAUCGAGUCUUAUGAAGAAAGAAUUGCUUUGGCGGUCAAAAUGACACCGAUACAGAACAAAUAUUCAGACGAGUUCUUCGCGAACAUCGCUAGAGCUUGCUUCGACAGGCUGAAGACCAUCCUGGACUUCGACCCGAAGGCCUUCAGGAAGCUGCAGUCCCCCGUCAUCCUCCUUCGUCCCAAGGAGAACCCGUCCUUCGUAGCGGUAGAAGAGAACUACGGACUCGACAAGUACACGGAGAACAGUGUCACCGUGCACUUCCUGGAGGGGAACCACGUGUCCAUCAUUGAGAACAAGGACUGUGCCAACAUCAUCAACAGGGUCUUGGUCGAGAACAAAGAAGGGACGAGCAGCUCAUAACUUAAUACUAGUGGUCGCCUAGUGGUCGAAAUUCGACCAUAUACGAUUUAAUUUACAAUACCACUUAACAUACGUUCAAGGAUAUUUUUUAUUUAACUCAAACUCAAACAAACUCUUUUAUAAAACUCUAUUCAUAUGAGACGUCAGAAUAUCAUCGCAAUGUCUAUUGAUUUUGACGUUUUGUCAAAUACGAUCAGAUACUAUGCAUGUGUGUGUAAUGUUUUAUUUAUUGAUUUAAUGUACUUUAUAAGCAUUAUUUUUGAAAAAUAUUAGCGUAUUGCACUCAUCCUACACAUAAACUAUAAGUGUACCAAAUUUUAUGCUCCUACGUCCGCGCAAUUUUCGUAAAAAGCGGUCCAAAGUUUUUGCUUCACGUAUUAAUAUAUAGACUUAAUAUAUGUUUAGUAUUGUAUGUAAGCAGAACUUGCAUUGUAGACAAUUCCAAUAAAAAAAUAUUUCGUAAUGAAAUUUUAAAUCAUUAAAAAUUACAAUCUAACUAUAAUGUGGUUAUAGAUCUGCCAUUAAAUUGUUGAAUUUAACCUGUUUAUUAGUAGUCAAUAAACUGAUAGCCUUAAGAUCUGUCUGCGGACGGCGAACAAGGGUAGCUCGUCGCCCGACCUGGUUCUGGUCGGUAUGUGUAUGUAUGACCUGUGCGUAUGGUGUGCCGCGUUCCACGCGCACCUCAUAGAGCCAUCAGACCACUACAGAUGGGGUCCAGUAGGGUUGAUGCCCGAUCCGGAGCUGCGGGUUUAUUUUACUGAAUUAAUUAUUGUUUACACAAAUAAUUAAACAGUUUAUAGUUUUGAAGUUAAUAAACAUUUGUUUUCUGUA